GGAAGGAGCCUGCCGGGGAGGGGGUCCGGCCGUGGGGCACCCGCUCACCGCUGCUGGAGCCGGCCCCCCUGGGCAGGGAAUGGGGGCGAGCCGCGGCGGUGCCGGCACGUCAGCGUGGGAAGCAGCAGGGGCCCGAUCCAGGUGUGUGGAUGUGGUGUCGUCAAAGGUCUCCAGCAUCCCUGCUGGCAUCUGUGCACCCAGGGGCUGGCCUUCUCCCCCCCCCCCAGCGACGUGCUCUGCAGCCCUGUGGGCGCCUGUGGGAUUUUGGCCGGCCUUGGCCAUACGGAGGGUGAGAUAAGGGGACCUUGGCCGUGUCGGGGAGUGGGCUGGGGGGGCCACAUCCUGGGGCAGCCGGUGCUCGAGGUUGGGGUGCAGUUGGGCUGGCCGGCACCCCACGGAGAGCGGCGUGGCUGGGGGGUCCUGCCCGCUAGCCAUAUCCCCGCAAGGGACCCUGCCCGUCCCCGGGUUGGGGCCGGGCGUCCCUGCCGUGCCGCGGCGUGGUGCAGCCGUGCCGGUGCGCCGUGGGCAUAUGCGGCCGUUCCCAGGCGGGAUGGGCGAGGGCGAUAAGAUGGCCCCUGGCCCCCCCGUGGCGUGGGACAGUCGCCACGUGUCGGCGGCAGGAGGGGUGACGCCAAGGUCCCCGGCGGCGGCGGCGGGUGCUAUAAGAAGGGCGAGCGGCCCCACCGCAGCACCUUGGGACUGCGCGACCAUGCUGGGGGCUGUGUGUCUCGCCGUGCUGCUGGGCUAUGCCUACGGAUGCGGUCAGCCGGCCAUCGCGCCGGUGCUGGGCACCCGGGUGGUAGGCGGCGAAGACGCUCGGGCCCACAGCUGGCCGUGGCAGAUCUCGCUGCAGCGCAGCCGCUCCGGAGGUUGGUCCCACACGUGCGGCGGGACCCUCAUCGCUCCCAACUGGGUGCUGACGGCCGCCCACUGCAUCAGCUCUGGCACGACGUACCGCGUGGUGCUGGGCAAGCAGGUCCUGUCGGAGGAGAACGAGCCGGGCUCGCUGGCCGUAGGCGUGGAGAAGAUCAUCGUGCACGAGAAGUGGAACUCCUUCUUCAUCGUCAACGACAUCGCCUUGAUCAAGCUGGCGCAGGAGGUGGCGGAGAGCGAGACCAUCCAGGCCGCCUGCCUGCCGCCCGCCGGCCUCAUACUGGAGAACAACUACCCCUGCUACAUCACCGGCUGGGGACGCCUCUGGACGAACGGGCCCGUGUCGGACGUGCUGCAGCAGGCGCUGCUGCCCGUGGUGGACUACGCCAUCUGCUCCCAGAGAGACUGGUGGGGCAGCACCGUCCGCACCACCAUGGUGUGCGCCGGCGGUGACGGCGUCGUCGCCGGCUGCAACGGGGAUUCGGGCGGCCCUCUGAACUGCCAGCGCAACGGGCUCUGGGAGGUGGACGGCAUCGUCAGCUUCGGCUCCGGGCUGGGCUGCAACACGGCCAAGAAACCGACGGUCUUCACGCGGGUGUCCGCCUACAUCGACUGGAUCAACGAGAAAAUGACCACGAACUGAGGACGCGGCACGCGGCGCAACCAGCCUCGAGUGCGAUAAAGGCAAAAGCGCUGAGCUGG